AUGUCAGGACUACUACAUAACAAGGCGCUGCCUUAUAAAAGAAUUGUCGAGUUAUCAUUCCAUCGAACACGAUUGCCAUCGAAUGUUUCAACAUUAGUGAAAUUUGAGCAAAGGCCCGCCAUCGUUAAUAUCCAUGGGCUUUUAGGCUCACAUGUAAUGUUUCAUUCUCUUAACAAAUUCCUUUCAAGAAAGAUUGACGCUGACAUUUUUAGUGUUGAUGUAAGAAACCACGGCAUUUCUCCCAAGGCGUUCCCUUACGACUAUACUACAUUGACCAAUGAUUUGGUGAACUUCAUAAAGACACAUAUUGGCUCGGAAAGGCCUAUAUAUCUGUUAGGGUUCUCAAUGGGUGGGAAAAUUGCAUUAUUAACUACCUUGUUCAAAGGUAUCAAUAUUCAAAAAUGUAUAUCUAUUGAUUUACCGCCCUAUGAAACUCCAGAAUUGGACCCUUUAAUAGUACAAAACUAUGAUCUAAUAAUGCAGAUUAUUCGUAGAGAUGUUAAAAUUCUAAAGGGUUCUCCUAAUUGGCAGAAAAAGGUUCUCGAACUAUUCAAAACUCUAGACUGUAAUCAGAGGAAGUGUGGCGGAUCUGUGGCUCUCUACUUUGCCAAUGGUUUCCUUUCUGUAAAAUCGAAUAAUAUUCACCUGGCACAACCACAUCAUAUGCAACAACAGGAUAGUAGAGAAUUUGAUCCUUAUAUAAACUUUUCGAUGCCCCUCUCCAGUAUGCCUCAUUUGUUAGAUGAAGUAAAAAAAUGGCCCGACUUAUCAGGACAGGAUAAUUUCUUUCUAAAGGGAAUAACCGAACGUAAAGUUUUAUUCAUGAGGGGCUUGCAAUCUAGCUUUAUCAGCAGCGAUUAUUCUCUUUUGAGGGCUAAGUUUCCAUGCGCCGAUGUUAAGGAAUUUGACACUGGACACAAUUUAUUAUUGGAGGAUUCAGAAGCUUCAUUCAAGUGCAUUUUAGACUUUUUCUGUGAACGACAGCAUUAG